AGUUUACAAAUUUACUUUUAUUUACUAACGUCAACUACUGUUUUGCUUUCUUCUUCUUUUUCUUCAAUACACUCAAGUUUAAUUCAUAAACUAACAUUUUCUUCAUUAUUUUUUUUCGUGGAUAAUUUAAAUUUUAACACCAUUGAACUAUUUAUUUCAUUUAAACAAACUAAUUUCCUUGUUUACUUUUGAAGUUACUGAUUUUAAAAAAAUAAAUAAAUAACAGUUUAAUGUUUCCUUUUUCUUUGUUAAAUAUGGAGAAUUUCACUUUCAAUAUUCAAUCUAUUUCAAUAUAUUGGACAUUGAUUAAUUAUUGAUAAUUUGGUUCAUUAUCAUCAUCAUCAAAAUAAACAAACAAUCAAACUCAAGAUCAGAUUUCAAUUUUAAUAAUAAAACAAAAUCAGUAAAAUGUCUAUGAAUAAAUCGAAUAAAAUGGCUUGUAUACCAGCGAAUAUUUACUGUGAGUAUACACAUGAUCGAUAUCAAGAUGAAGGACUUCGUCUAUUAGAAAAAUAUUUACCAUAUUUAAAUCCAGAGACUGGUUUAAGAAAUCGAAUGAUUACUCGUGAUCCCGUAACUGGUUUGGGUGAUCUAGAAGCUGAAUGGAAUCCUCUUAACGGAUGUCAUUUACGUAGAAGACACUUUCCUCAUCGUGAUCCAAUUAGAAUGGAAGGUGAUAUGGGUACUGAAUACAAUUGUUUGUAUACUACUAAAGAGCUCACAUGUAAAGAUCGUGUUAAUACUACAGAUACAAACUAUUCAAAUGGGUACUUUUAUAUGGAUCAUUUGAAUAACAAAAAUGAAAAUAAACACAGUGAUGUUAAUUAUGAUAAUAAUAAUAAUCAUAAUCAUAAUCAUGAAGAUUAUACUCAAGACCGUGAUCCAAUAACACUUCAAGGAGAUUUAGGUGAGGAAGUAGACAUGUUAAGACCACAUGGUGGUAGGCCAAGAAAUAAAAUUGAUCAUAACAUACAUGUUUCAAGGUCUGAUUCUAUCAGUGGUCGAUGCGAAUAUAAUGUAGAAAACAAUUCAGUAAAUCAGUAUAAUGAAAGACAAUGUAACGAAGAAAAUUCAAAAAGAUAUUCUUAUCUUGCUACAGAUCCGAUAACUCAUUCACUGCCAGAAACAAAACUAGUUCGAUCUCAAUCAGUACGACAUUAUAAAGAAGCAUGGGCUACUCAUGAUCCCAUUGGUUAUAUGCACAGAACUGGUACAUCAUAUAAGACGGAUAAAGUUCGAGGGAUGAAACAUUUUCCAAGCAAUAAAAAUCCUGUGACUCAUCGAUUAUCAACUAAUCAUCAUCAGCAGCAGCAUCGUCCCCAACCGACAUGCACUGCCUCAAUAUCUAAAUUCAAUACCCUUAGAGCGAACACUAAUCCAAUUACACAUCAACAGAAAAAUAUAUCUUCUGAUCAAUCAUCAAUUGGACUGAACGAUGAAACAUCGACAAUCGGAGAUUUCAAUGAAGUGACUAUAGGCAAUGUGUCUGUAGUUUCAGAGAGUAGAAAAUUACGAAAGGUUAUUCGAAAUCCCAUUACUGGUGAAGGAAUGUGUGACAGUGAUUAUAUUGACCUACUUAAAUUACCAAGUGAAUAUUAUUUCCGUAGAAAUCGAGACACUUUGUCAUCGACAUUAAAUAUCCAUUCACAUUCACCACCUGUACAACCAUCGUCAACAACUACACCUUCAACUAAUACUGCUGUUGCUGUUAAAAAAGCACCUGCUCAGAAAGAUGCAAAUCCAACGAGCAAACUAACUGCAAAUAAGCCAGCACAUCAAACACCGCCACCACCAUCACAACCAGCUUCUACACAACAGCCAUCGAAACUGGAGCCAAAAGUUGAAAAAAGCACCCCACAACUUAUAGAAAAGAAGGUUAUUCGCCCAAAAAAAAUCGAGGUGUCAACCGAGAAACCAGUUAAAGAAAGCAAACAGCCAGUCACUAGUGUCACACAGUCACAACCAAUUACUGAGAGACAGGCGUCUACGAAAGAAGCAGAACCACAAGCACCGAAAGCAGUUGCAGGACCACGAACACUAGAGACUGAGAAGGAGCAAGCGCAGACAGAAGUAGCUAAGCCAAAUACACCAAAAACCGAGAAACUAGAGAUACCAAAACAAACUAUAAAACCACAGACACCAGAAACUAAGGAACCACAAACCCCGAAGGAAGCCACAAAUUUACAGACACUAGGUGAAAUACCAGAGGCACCGAAAGAAGUGGCUAAGACGCCAACACCAAAAAUCGAGCUAAAAACACAAAUUCCACAGACAUCAGAAGAAACCGUGGAACUACACACACCAGUAGAAACUCCGAUAACUCUCGCUAGUCACACUUUAGCAGAGUCAACUGUAGAAACAAAGUCGACCGGGAAGCCUCUACCACAAUCGUUGAGUGAAGAACUGAAGUCGGCCAUCGAUGAAUUCGAACAUCCACAACCCGCAACAUUCUCAGCAAACGACAAACUAUCGGACGAGGUGAGCGAGGACAAACGCAGCCCCGCUGUCCAGUCCCCGCCAAUUAGUGAAGCACGGUUAUCUGUAGAUAACAAGAUGCCCCAACUACCUGACGCACAAACUUCGAUGGACGAUCUUACACCCAGACCAUCUACAGAAUUGCCGGAGACGGGACAAGUAUAAGUAGCCCCGUGGAAUACAUGUUCAGCUGGCUUACUAAAUCUGAUGGUUGCUGAUUGGAUUAUUCUCAAGUAUUUAGUGGAAGAGAACUGUGCUUCUUUUAGCGCAUUCUGUUCUCAAUUUUCUUUUUAAGCUUAACCCCGGGUGAUGGAUAGUAUUUUCGUUUAUUAUUUAAUUCAGAAAAUUUUAACUUUCGGCAUAAUGAGAAUGGAUCAUGACUUUCGUGUAAUGUUUCCGAAAUUUCGAUAUAAUGAUCAAACAAAUCAGCAAGCCAUAUAUAUUUUGAGAUUUUU